GACGCCUUGUGACGGGACGCGUUUUUGGCGGCCCUCAUUGAGGUACACGAAAUUAAAGAACUCAGGGAAAGGAUCAACGAAUUCUCAGUUCCAGUUCCAACGUUCCUCUCUUUUGCUAUACUUGCAAAAAUGCAACGAGGUGGAUACUCGAGCUCGAUGCAACAGGUAGCGCCCUACAGCGACACCCCGUCGAGCAAUGCACCAUCAUCAGGCGUGGCUACACACGCUCCUUCGCCCUUCGACUCGUCGCACGAUCUCUCAUCGGAGCCAACGCCCGGAAACCCAACAAAUCAUCCACUUGCAGGCCAGCCCUACAUGCCCGUCCCACAAACAACCUACCAGAACAUCGAAACCCGCAACAGCGACUGGCUGGAGCAGUCGCAGAAGGCGAGCAAACGGUCGAAAUAUAUCGUCAUUGGCUCGGUAAUCACCCUUGCUGUACUGAUCGCUGUUGGUGUCGGCGUUGGCGUCACGCUCUCGAAAAAGAGCUCGAACAACAGCUCGACUUCGAGUUCGAGCGCCUCCGCUCCAGCUGGGACGAACCCCGACGAUCCUAGUAACUUCCCGAAAAACUCUGCUUUGGUCAAUUCGUUCUGGGGUAUCGCGUAUACGCCACUGGGCUCGCAGCUCCCCGACUGUGGCAAUAAUCUAACGGAGGUCAUUGAGGAUAUCCAGCUGUUGUCUCAGGUCACAACGAAUAUUCGUCUUUAUGGCGCUGACUGCAAUCAGUCCUCCCUCGUCCUUGCCGCUAUUCAGGCUACCAAGGUUAACAUGUCUGUCUACCUUGGUAACUACCCCGCUUCCGACGAUAACGGGACUUCGUACACACGCCAGAAAGGCGAAAUUCAGACUGCUCUUGAGCAAUACGGUGCAGGCAACGUGGUCGGUAUCACAGUCGGCAAUGAGUUCAUCCUUGAUUACAUUACAGCGGCAGGGCAGACGGACCCCAACGGCUCCGCAGGACAGGCAGCCGCGGCGAUGCUGGUACCCUGGAUUAACGAUACUCGUUCAAUGUUGUCCUCGAUGGGUCUGACCAACAUCUCAGUCGGUAAUGCAGAUGCUGGAAGUUAUUUCAACAACGAAGUUCUAUCUGCCGUCGACUAUGGAAUGGCCAAUGUCCACCCAUGGUUCGCCAAUCAAACGAUUGAUAACGCUGCCGCCUGGACGGCCGAAUUCUUCAGCUCUACAGACGUAGCUCUUGCGCAAACUCUUCCGAAUAAACCGAAGAUGUUCAUUGCUGAGACUGGCUGGCCAACUGGCACUUCUUCUUUCAAUGCCAACCCGAAUGAUGGGCCUUCACUCGCUUCCGUGGCGAACUUGCAGAUAUUUAUAAACGAUUUCGCAUGUAGCGCUACCCAAAACGGAACUGAAUACUUCUUCUUUGAGUACAGUGACGAGCCUUGGAAGAACGUGACGUAUGGUGGUGUAGAGGGAUACUGGGGCUUGUUCGACUCCAACAAAAACCUGAAAAACAUCACGAUUCCCACAUGCUAACCGGUUCCCCUCGCUCGGACACAUACCUUAUGCGGACUCCAUAGCCAAUACAUGGCAUUUUGUUCAUAGCUACCUUUCUAUCCAUCGCUCCAUGCCCCGGUGGAUGAUCUUUAUCGAACGUUUACUUCGAAAGGACUACGUUAUGUUGCAUCUUUACCUACGAGUCUGUCAUACAGCUUUUGACGAUGUAUUUAAUACCCGUAGCUUCCAUGCCAGCCUUGACCCUUUGUGGAACGUUGAAUCAUUGACUAGUACAUUUUUGAGCGGUGGUUGCUAAUUAUACUGUGACUUCUAGACACAAUGCAGCGGCGUUGGACAUGACAUGUUGAACUUGCCGUGAACCAGCUGUACUGUCGAAGGUGAUGCAUCGAAUGAUCGAUUAUCUUUGAGAUGGCAGUUCUUUAACCUGUCCGCUCGCU